UGCAGUCUUGUGUGCAGGAGUCCUAGUAAAUAAUUUUAGAUAUUAUUUUCUACUUACUUGUUAUUGAAGUUAUUUGCUUAGUUAGUGGAUGUUACGAUGGCUGGAAUAUCGAUGCAAGACAUCGAAGCCGUGGACGAUUACUGGGGUCCAACGUUUCGAACAAUACUGGAAGGUAAUUCGCAUGAUCAAAUUUCGGAGCAGCUAGAGAGCCGGAUUCGUUCACACGAUAAAGACAUCGAACGGAUUUGCAACUUAUACUAUCAAGGUUUCAUUGAUUCGAUUCGUGAGCUGCUGUUGGUCAAGUCACAGGCACAGGGCCUCAAUCAAGAGGUACAGGCGCUGGAUAAUGGAUUGACUAAAGCUUCUGCCGGAGUCAUUGCCAAAGGUAAUGAACUUGUAAAAGCUAGAAAGGUCGAAGGCAACAUUGCCGGAGCUAUCGAAGGACUAUCCAGCUGCUUACCUGUUUUAGAGUGUUACUCAAAGCUUUUGAAACAGGUCAAAGAAAAACGAUAUUAUCCAGCAUUAAAGACUUUAGAACUAUUGGAGAAUGAAUACCUGCCAAAAGUAUCAGGCUAUAGAUUUUCGCAACAAAUGAGAGAAACCAUUCCUAAAUUGAAAGAAAACAUUAAAAAAUCGUCAGAAGAGGAUUUUCGAGAGUUUUUGGAAAACAUACGCAAAUUUUCACCAAGAAUUGGUGAGAUCGCUAUGAAACAUACGAAGGAACUGCAGAAACGGGACUUAGAUACAAUAAUAGCAGAGUACAAGCAGAUGUCAUUAAACGGUGAAUGUAUGGACGACGAAGAAGACGUCAAUGCUCAAGACCUUAUUGAUUUUUCUCCAAUCUAUCGCUGCUUACAUAUUUACACAGUCCUCAACGAUAAAGAGUAUUUCGAAAAGGACUAUCGUAAACAAAGGAGAGAUCAAGCGAAGCUUGUACUGCAGGCACCACAAACUAUGCAUGAUAACCUGGAAGCUUAUAAAACCUAUAUCUAUUCUAUUGUUGGAUUUUUUGUGGUCGAAGAUCACGUCAUGAAUACUGGUGGAGAAAUUGUGACCCAAACAUAUCUAGACGAUCUGUGGUCCUCAUCUUUAACCCGAGCCGUAAAUGUUCUUAGUAUGUCUUCAUCAUCAUGCACUGAUCCGAACAUUCUGCUGCGCAUUAAAAAUCUCAUCAUGUUGAGUAUCACAACUUUGAAAAACUACGGCUACACCGUUUCACAACUUUGGGAUCUCUUGCUGGAAAUGCGGGAUCACUAUAACGAGGUACUGCUUCAACGUUGGGUCAAUGAAUUCCGCGACAUUCUUGAUAAAAGUGAUUUUCUUCCGCUGGAAGCUCGCACCCAGGAAGAAUAUGACGUCGUGCUUGAGCGAUUUCCUUUCCAUUCGGAGCAACUGGAGGCACAACCAUUUCCUAAAAAGUUCCCCUUCUCUCGGAUGGUCCCCGAAGUGUAUCACCAGGCAAUGGAGUUCAUGUAUGCGUGCAUGAAAUUUUCCGAGGAACUAACUCUUUCGCCAAACGAAAUCGCAGCAAUGGUUCGAAAAGCGGCCAAUUUGCUUUUAACGAGAAGUUUUAGCGGUUGCCUCUCUGCGGUGUUUCGCAGCCCGAGCUUAGCGCUGAUGCAGGUGAUACAGAUUAUUAUCGAUACUCAGUACUUGGAAAAGGCUGGACCAUUUUUGGAUAGCUUCGUUUGUAAAAUGACUGGUACUAGCCAAAAUUUGACGCAAACUCCGUCCGCGAUGUUUCAGGUUGCACGGUCAGAAGCUGAGCAACAGGUAUCGACUAAACUUUGCUCUAAGUUGGAUGAGUUCUUUGAAGAAUUGGAGGGAUAUGAUUGGUUGCUGCCAGAAAGCUAUGGCCAUGCAUCGCCCUUUGUUACGGAUAUGAUCGCCUUUCUGCAAAGUACAUUCCAAAGCUUUUCCUACAUUCUACCGGGGGUUGCUCAAGCUGCUUGUCGCAAAGCAUGCGAGCAUGUCGCUACACGAAUCUACAAGUUGAUACUCUCGGAUGAAAUCAAACAAAUCUCUGGAGGAGCAUUAGAUCAGAUCAAUUUGGAUCUGAUGCAGUUUGAACUAUUUGCCGCCUCGGAUCCCGUUCCUGGGCUAAGAGAGGGUGACUUGUCCAAAUAUUUUGCCGAGAUUCGUCAGCUGUUGGAUCUCCUGAUAUCGGAGGAUUGGAGUGCAUAUUUGCACGACUUCGGAAAGGAUGAGAAUCGCUACUCGUUGGUGCACCCAUCUACCAUCAUUGUGGUUUUGGAGAAACUUCGCGAAGCGGACAAAAAGUCGAUGCUUUCACUGAUGAAGUCUAAAUCCGAAAGGGAUAAGAAAAAACUACUUGAAACGGUACUCCGACAGUUGAAGCAACUAGCAGAAAGGCAGAAUUAGAUUGGACUAAAUAAAAUAUACAC